AUGCCUGGGAGACUGAGCACAGAGAGAAAAAAUAAUCAAAACUGUCAGCUCGCUUUACGUGUACCUGAUAUUUACAAGACACAAGACCACGCUUUAAAGAGUGGCUUCAACUGGUCUCUCUCUUCGGCGGAGGUGAAAAAUCAGAGGAGGCGAAAGAUCAGACUAGGAACUGGGGGAAAUAAAAUCAGGCGAAGGAAAUUAGCGGGCCCUGGACCCGGCGCGCCUCCAGGCCCGGGCUCGGGCAGGGGCCGGGGCUCCCCGGGCACGCGUGUCCGCGGCCGGCCGGUGACCCUUGGCGCUGUGCCUGUCUUUGAAGGGAAGCCGCUGCUGUGGAGUCCCUUCAUCCAGCGGCCGCUGCACAAGAGGAAAGGGGGGCAGGUCCGCUUCUCCAACGACCAGACCAUCGAGCUGGAGAAGAAGUUCGAGACGCAGAAAUACCUCUCCCCGCCGGAGAGGAAGCGCCUGGCCAAGAUGCUGCAGCUCAGUGAGAGGCAGGUCAAAACGUGGUUUCAGAAUCGCAGAGCCAAAUGGAGGCGUCUAAAGCAGGAGAACCCCCAGGCCACCAAAAAAGAAGAAGCGGAAGGUGCUGACAGUCACAGUGACCAAAGGCUGGAGAGCUGCCCGACCCCCGAGCAGAAGGGUAAGGAGGUCUCCCUGGACGGCUCGCAGUACACCCCCUCGCCGGCCUCACAGGAGGACCUGGAGUCAGACGUCUCUGACGACUCUGAUCAAGAGGUGGAUAUUGAAGGCGAUAAAGGCUAUUACAAUCCUGCCCACUAAUGGCCCCGUGCGGAGAGCGGACCCUAACUCGGCUUGCACUUUACCAGGGGCUGGUUUGGAAGAAUAUUAUGCUACAGGAGAAAACUUUCACCGUUCCACUGAAAGAAAGAAAACCCGACACCAAAUAGACUCGUUUUAUAAUAAGCAGAGAAAGAUAGAUGUAUUUUCCGCAAACAGUCCAUUUUUGGCAGAUCUCUAAUUUGGUUAAAGGAACAUGGUUUGUAUUUAAUUAUUUGUAAGAUAUAUUUGUACAUUAAUCGAUGUUCUAACUGGAAUAUUAUACUGCACCCUGUCCUUACUCAUGGGGGGUCUGAAUCAGCUGCUGGUGGUGAUCAGGCAAAACUUCUCUCUAGCUAGUGUGGAAUUGAGUAUGGAUUGCAGGACUAAGCCCUUUGUAUGUGUAAACAAAUGUAGUUUAAAUAGAUUAAUUUAAAUGCCUUUUGCAAACAGAGAAACAUGUUCUGUGAAAUAGGGAGGGGUUUGACCAUCCCGACAAGUGCCUUAUAAUUUUACCUGCCGUGGUGCUCUCCACCGAGACGUCCCUCCGUUCAUCAGGUAGAGUCUUUGGACAGAUGCAUUUUUGCUCUUGCGUGAGAUGAAAUGUGCCUUCUCAGAUUUUUGAGGACUUUGCCCUGCAAUCUGGAUGGUUCCAUUUGCAGGAAAAAACCCCCAUAUUUUUCUCCUUGAAAAUCUCUAGUGCUGUUUUUUACAGAUUUCGUAUUUGAGAAGAAAAUGCGGGGAGUGAUAGGGUCCUGCUACAGGAGAGAAACUGUCAUGAGCUGUGGGGGAUAAGUGAGGCACACAGCCGUGGGAAGAUGAUGCCUAUUGUAUACAUAUCUGCUUCUGUACAUACUAGUUUUCUUUAAAAGUCUUGCGGUUUUAUACCUCACGUUGUUCAUAUUUUGUACAUAUUUGUUCAAUGUUUAAAAAAAAAAAGCAAAACCUGGUAUUUAAUUUGUGAUGGACUUGUCUGUGAAAUAAAACUAAACUCUGCACCACCUGC